AUGAUUUGUUAAAAUGAAAGCUAAUGGAAAUAUGAAAUCAUUGAAUUGAUUAAUUCUAGUUUUAGGUUGGCUUAAGUAGAUUCAAGCAAAACUAAAUAAAACAUGAACUAUUUAUAAUAAAAUCCUAUUGGAACUAUGGCUGAUGAAAAUUUAUCAACAAGAACCUAAUGUGAAGAUUUAUCAAAAACUAUUUUGAUGUUAAAUUAGAUGAAAAAUACAUUCAAAUAAGAUUAGUUUAAAAUUAUAAUAUAAAGAUUAAUUAUUGAAAAUAAUUUACUUAAGAGGAAUUAGAUAGUAAAGAAAAUUUAAAAAUUUUGAGAUAAACAACAAUAGACGAAAAAAUAACAAAUUUUAAGAUUGACUUCAGUACUUUAUUAUUUAAGAUGGAAUUCAAUCAGCCUUUAUUUUUAAAUGAACAGAAAUACAAUAUAAACAUGUUAUAAUCAAUUUAUAGAUAUUUUUUGAAUGAAGAAUUACCUGAAGAACUAUUUAUUAUAGCUACUUAUCAUUCAAUAAUUGAAAAGUCUGAUGAUAGAACUAAAAAGGAAGUUGAAUAGAAUUUGAAUAAGAUUUUUAAUGAAUUACUAAUUGAAACUCAAUUAAUCCAAAAAUAAAAGUAAAUAUCUCAAAAUGUAUUUGAUUAAUUUAACAAAUAUUAUAAAAAUUUCAUAAAUAAAGAAAAAAGUAAAUAUAUAUCUUUAAGAACGGAAAGGAGAAGAAUGAGAAAAAAAUAAGCGUUUUAAUAUAAAUAACCAUGA